UGGGUGCGGUGUCGGCUACAUUUUAUUGUUGCGAAGAACUACCCCAAAACAAUAGUCGGGCUUGUUUUUCCACCUUAUUAGUGUUUGAGAGGAAAAAAUAAUGAGCACAAACAAAACACGCAAAGAAGAAAAUUGAACGCGAUACGAAACAAAAAGAAUUGAUUGAUAUAAAGUAGUGAAUUUUAAACGGAUACCAUGUUUUCGGUGUGUAAGCAAACACAUCCGACAACCGGCAUUGAACAUUCAAUAACUUGUCGAUUUUUCAACAAUUUCGAAGAGAAUAUUGUAACAGCUGGUGCAAAUUAUUUGAAAGUAUUCCGAAUCAUUCCCGAUGUGGAUCCACAUACAAUGGAGAAAUUCAGCGAUUUGCGGCCGCCGAAUAUGCAUUUGGAGUGCGUUGCCACAUUUGAGCUGUUUGGUAAUGUUGCUGCCAUUCAAUCGGUGUCAUUAUCUGGAUCACAACGAGAUGCUCUGCUGAUUGGUUUCAAGGACGCAAAAUUAUCGGUCGUUCAACAUGAUCCCGACACAUUCGAAUUGAAAACAUUGUCAUUGCAUUACUUUGAAGAGGAGGACAUAAAAGGUGGUUGGCUGGGUAAUUAUUGUGUGCCAAUAAUCAAAGUCGAUCCAGAUAAUCGAUGUGCUGUCAUGGUAAUUUACGGCAAGAAAUUGGUGGUGUUGCCAUUUCGUCGCGACAGUUCACUGGAUGAGAUUGAAAUUCAAGAUGUCAAACCAAUGAAAAAGACACCAUUGCAAUUGAUUGCAAAAACUCCAAUUCUUGCUUCAUACAUAAUCGCAUUAAAGGAUCUCGAUGAAAAGAUCGACAAUGUCAUUGACAUUGAGUUUUUGCAUGGUUACUAUGAACCCACGUUGCUCAUUUUGUACGAACCAGUUCGAACAUUUCCAGGUCGAAUCGCUGUACGAAGUGAUACAUGUACGAUGGUCGCAAUUUCAUUGAAUAUUCAGCAACGUGUCCAUCCAAUUAUUUGGACGGUCACUAGUUUACCGUUCGAUUGUACCAGAGUAUUAUCGAUUAAAAAACCGAUCGGAGGAUGCUUAGUUGUUGCGAUAAACUCAUUGAUCUAUCUUAAUCAAAGUGUGCCACCGUACGGUGUUAGUUUGAAUAGUAUCGCUGAUCAUAGUACCAGUUUUCCACUGAAACCACAAGAUGGAGUAAAAAUAAGUUUGGAUUGUGCACAAAUUGCAUUCAUUGGAGCUGAUAAACUGGUUUUGUCUCUCCGUGGCGGUGAAUUAUACGUACUCACACUUUGCGCCGAUUCGCUGAGAUGUGUACGAAGUUUUCACUUUAGCAAAGCUGCAUCCAGUGUAUUAACUUGCUGUAUGUGCGUAUGUUCGGAAGAGUAUAUCUUCUUGGGAUCUCGUCUUGGAAAUUCAUUAUUGGUGCGAUUCACUGAAAAGGAUGAGAACACAGUCAUUACGAUUGACGAUUCGGACAUUUUGGGCAAAGAAAAGGAAGCAAGCAAACGGUUGGAAGAAGAAUUAGAAGUGUAUGGUACUGGUUUGAAAACGUCCGUUCAAUUAACCAGCUAUACGUUUGAGGUAUGUGACUCAUUAGUGAACAUAGCUCCUAUUAGUCAUAUUUCCAUCGGGGAACGAGGUAUUGACGAAGAAGAUGAAAGCAAAUUGGAGCAAUCAAAACAGUCUGAAAAACCCGAAUUGGAGGUCGUAACAUCAAGUGGUCGCGGCAAAAAUGGCGCACUCUAUAUACUACAACAUUCAAUUAAACCAGUUCUUCUAACUUGUAUUCCGUUUAUUGGUUGUCAUGAUGUUUGGACAGUUUUCACUGAUGCUACACAAAAGUCGGCGUUGCAUUCAUUCAUGGUGUUGGCACAAGAGCAAUCGACCAUCGUUUGUGCAACCACCGGCGCUGAAAUCAAUCAAAUUCAUAACAGCGGUUUUUCUUGCGAUGAAACCACCAUUCAUGUCGGCAAUAUUGGACGUUACAUUAUUCAAAUUCUAAGCCGAAGCAUUCGUUUAUUACAAGGAACACGUUCAAUGCAAAAUAUUCAAAUUGAUAGCGACAGUCCAAUUGUUCAAGUAUCAAUUUGUGAUCCGUAUGUAUGCGCUCAAACUCAAAGUGGAGCUGUAAUUACGUGGGCCUUAAGAGAGUCCAAAGGAAUAUCGCGUUUGGCAUUGAAUAAAAAUGCAAUCGGCAGCUCGCCGGCCGUAAUUGGAUUAUGUGCUUACAAAGAUGUAUCAGGUUUGUUUACAACAAAAUUAGAGGAUUAUUCUGAUCCGAAUGCGAGUGCGAAUCAAGCGUACAAUGGAUCAGGAUUCGGGUAUAUGAAACCAGAACCACAUAACAUGAGAACUGAAGACGAAGAAGAUUUAUUGUACGGUGAAAGUGGCAGCUCAUUCAAAAUGAAGAAUUUGGCUGAUCUUGCAAUACCUUCAAAUACGAAAAAAUCGGACUGGUGGAGACGACACAUUCAACCGAAAAAACCAUCAUUUUGGCUAUUUGUCAUUCGUGAUAAUGGUAACAUGGAAAUUUACUUUAUGCCCGAUAUGAAGUUGGCAUACAUUGUGAACGGCGUUGGCGAGGGAAAUCGAUAUCUAUCGGAUUCCAUGGAGUUUGUUCCAUUGAGUUUGAGCCAAAAUGGUGUUACAAACAUUGACGGUGCAUCCUAUCAACCAUGUAGCCUAGCCACAAUGCCAACAGAAAUUUUCAUCGCUGGUCUGGGUAGUUUUGGUCGACGACCGUUGUUAUUUAUACGAACGAAAAUCGGUUUGCUCAUUUAUCAGGUGUAUCGAUAUAAUCGAGGACAUUUGAAGAUCCGUUUUCGUAAAAUGCAUCAUGGAAUUAUGAUUCCAAUGUCAGAUAAUCCGGCCAAAAUGGAAAUCGAUGAAGAUGGUCUCAUUGUUGGAGUCACUAACCGCAUUCGAACCGUUCGAUACUUUGAAAACAUUUCUGGGCAUAAUGGUGUAAUAAUAACUGGUGAGAAGCCAUAUUUGGUGAUGUUAACCGCAAAUGGUGAGCUACGAACUCAUCGAUUUCAUCAUCAAGUUGUUAUGAAAAGUUUUGCUUCAUUCAAUAACUUAAAUUGUCAGGGUGGUUUGGUCUAUUUUGAUCACAAUAAUACACUACAAAUUGCCAAAUUUCCUCAUUAUAUGACUUAUGAUUCACAUUGGCCACAGAAAAAAGUGCCGUUAAGAUGCACACCAACGAUGAUUGUGUACCAUAAAGAAACUAAAGUCUAUUGUGUGGCAACAUAUACGGAAGAAGAGUGCAAGAGCUAUUUUCGAUUCAACGGUGAAGACAAAGAACUCACCGAAGAAAAUAAAGGAGAACGAUUCAUUUUUCCGACAAAACCCCGUUUCGAAGUGAUUCUUGUCGCUCCACAACUUUGGGAAAUUGUUCCAGACACAUCGAUAAAAUUGGACGAAUGGGAGCAUGUGGUAUCAUUCAAAAAUGUUCAUUUGGCAUACGAAGGUACACGACAUGGUUUUCGUGAAUAUAUUUGCAUCGGAACCAAUUACAACUACAGCGAAGACAUCACGUCAAGGGGACGAAUAUUACUUUACGAUAUCAUCGAAGUCGUUCCGGAGCCUGGAAAGCCACUUACCAAGUUCAAACUCAAAGAGAUUUAUGUGAAAGAACAAAAGGGACCGGUUUCAGCAAUUUCACAUGUACUUGGAUUUCUUGUCACUGCUGUCGGCCAAAAGAUUUAUUUGUGGCAACUAAAAGACAACGAUUUAAAUGGAGUCGCUUUCAUCGAUACAAACAUUUUUGUACAUCAAAUUAUUUCGAUAAAAUCAUUACUUCUCGUUGCCGAUAUGUAUAAGUCGGUUAGUCUGCUAAGAUUUCAGGAAGAGUAUCGAACACUGUCUCUUGUAUCAAGAGACUAUCAUCCGAUGAAUGUGCUGAACAUUGAAUACAUGGUUGACAACUCAAAUUUGGGAUUUAUGUCAUCGGACAUGGAAGAGAAUUUCGUGAUAUUCAUGUAUCAACCUGAGUCCAGGGAGUCAUACGGAGGUCAAAAAUUGCUGCGCAAGGCUGACUAUCAUUUGGGACAACGAGUAAAUGCCAUGUUCCGUAUUCAAUGCAACUAUACACGCAUUUUGAACGCCAACUAUGAUAACAAGCAUACUACAUAUUUUGCUACACUUAACGGUGGUUUGGGAUACCUCUUGCCAUUGCCAGAAAAAACGUAUCGUCGAUUGUUCAUGUUACAAAAUGUGCUACUGUUACACAUUGAACAUUUGUGUGGUCUCAAUCCGAAACAGUAUCGAACCAUUAAGACAGCACGUCGCUUACCUACAAAUCCAGCUCGUAGCAUUUUGGAUGGUGAUUUGAUUUGGAUGUUUUUGUAUUUGCCAAUAAGUGAGAAACAAGAAGUGGCCAAGAAAAUCGGAACAAAAAUGGAAGAAGUUCUUGCUGACCUCAGUGAAAUUAAUGACGUCACCUCAGUCUUCUAAAUUUUUUUCAUCAUUUGUCAUUUAAAUACUUAUCUAACUCGUACUGAAGAAACUCUCAAUUUAUUUGGAAUAAUUUUUUGGAACUUUCACGUUUAUCCAACAAACAAUUUCGGACGAUAAAUUAGCAAAAUAAACGCAUUUAGAUAAUGUGAUGUCGUUUUCUUAAAAUGAAUGGUUUUAGAAGUAGUGAAAGUUCCAUAAAUUCAGUCCGAAUAAAGUAAGAGUUCAUUCACUGCAGAGGACGUUGUUUACAUAUAAAAAGAACAAAAUGUUCGAAAUUAUUUGAAAAAAAAAAAAAAAUGUUUCUUUUUCCAUUUUAUUAGUAAAUAUCGAUUUAUAAAAUAAACAACUGAUUGCAUUUAAGUUUUAAAGAAA